AUGUCCCUAGAGGAGUUCUUCAACGACAGCUCGUUGGGGGACUCUGUCUGGAACGAUGAAGAUAUCAAUUUGGAGGCGAUUUCGUCACCUCUCACCAACACCACAAGCAUUGAUGUUUUGAAGCACACUCCCAUAAGACUGGCAACACGCGGACCAGAUGAUCCGUUUGGACACCAGCAUUCAGGUGCGCCCAUGGGAGCCGCAGGAGGGUCCCAGGCAAUGGGUCCACCAUACAUUGUGAAAUUUUCGCAUCUUCCCUCCGAGUUUACAGGGCCCGAAAUUGAAGAUCUCUUCCAGACCAAGUGUACGAAAUUCAUCAAAUUCAAGCUGUUUUGGGAACUUAACAAAAAACCUGCUAUGGGAGUUGCAUUGAAAAACUCCGACUUUUUUGAUGCUAACUUCACGCGCGACUCCAAAGUGUCCUUCACCGAGCUAUACUCCGCAAGAGAUAUGGAUAAAAUUUUGCACCAUUGGACUGAGCCAUUGAAAGAGAUAUAUGACAUUAUUGUGACAGCUGCUGAUCGUGUGGACUUCAAAAACUACGUGGAAAAGAGUAAGAGCUUGAAAGAAUCAGACGACCCAACAAGGCCGUUUGUACCAAAAAAAGAACCUGCUCGCCCUCAUAAAACUAAAUCCAACCCUUUUGGUAGUGCCAAGCCAGCAGACACCCAGACGAUCACGAACGAUAUUGAAGAAAAGUUUAGCAAGCUCCACGUUGAAGAUACUAAGACCCUCAGGAGACUUUCCAACGACGGCGAACCCAUGGUUAGCCCCAAGCCAUUGAGUUAUUCCGCAAUUCUGAAAAAAUCUGUAGACGCUGCGGCAAGUCAGUCCCCAAGCCCUCAGUUGCCACCGCUCACGCUUAAGGAGGAGACUGAACCCGAGGAAACGGUGGACGAAACUGUUGAUGAGGAAAAAAAGCCAAGCGAAGAAUUUCAAGACAAUGAGAAUCACGAUGACCAGGCUCAGCAAUCGUUCGAUAGCUUUACGUUUAAAGACACCGGCUCGAGAGGCUAUGGUGGAUCGCGCGGCGGUCGUGGAACUGGUAGAGGAGGUCGUGGUGGUCGUGGUGAUCGUAGUGAUCGUGGUGGCGAUAGAGGAAGCUACCGUGGUCGUGGAAGCGGUCGUGGGGGUUACUCAAGGGACGGAGAUUCGGGCCGCAAAUAUGACGACAAUCGUUCUAGAGGAGGAAAGUUUCAAAGCUCCAGAGAGGGAAAUCCUUACUCAGUUUUCCGUCCAGCAAGUGGUUUUUUGAGAGAGAACGUCAAUUCCAAUGGGCCUAGAGGACGUGGUGGUCGGGGCUAUUCUGGUGGGGACCGUGGCAGAGGAGGCUAUCGUGGAAACCGCGGCGGCUUCACACCCGUCUAA